GCCAUGAAUCAAAGUCUUUAGUUCGGGAAUGCGUAAUGUUUGUGGUGAUAUAUACCGAUAUGAAAUGUAUUCAACAGAUGCAAAGAUAAGCUUUCAAAUUACCGGCACGGAACUAACUGAUGUUCAGUAGCUCAUUCGCCCCCUUUCGUUUCGGAUGAAACGGUUGAACAUUGGUAAUUUGUUUCAAGUUUUGUGCAAUUCGAGAACAUCGAGGAAAGAUGUGCACGUUUAGAUGUGCAUUUGCGAUCGGCGUGACGCUCGUGUGUUUAGUAGCUGGCGAAGAAGCUGUAAAAGAUUCAUACUUGGCGGCGUUGCAGAACUCGUACAAGAUUAAUGGCAAUAAAGGAAAUGGACUUGUUCGGAUAGCCCGUGAAGACUAUAGCAGUAUUCCUUCCACUUCGUACGACUACAGUCUCGCUCCCUCCACUAACUAUGGGCCGCCACCUACUGGAUCGUAUGGAGCACCGCCAAAAGCUGUCUACGGACCACCUAAACCAGUAUACGGUGCAUCACAGCCAAUUUACGGACCACUAGCACCUAACGACAACGGAAAACCCUACUUAAGCCCUGAAAGCUGGUUGCUGAGCAAGUUAAAGCUAAAGUUCAGCUGGUUUACACUUGCAAAAAUUCUGCUCAAACUAGUAAUAUUCAAAAAGAUCGUAAAGUUUAUAGCUCUACUAUGUCUACUGUUCUUCAUUCCGACACUGAAGCCAAGUGAAAGCAAUAGUGACCAAAGUGGUGGCGAUAGCGGGGGAGACGAUUACCGUCGACGAAGCUAUAAUCUGCAAUAUGACUACGACACCCGACUUAAUGAGGUGACACGGUUCGCUCUGAAAGCCAUGGAAGCUUUCACGAUUGAUAACGAGCUCUACUGCCCAGAGGAGAAUCUGUUGAGCUGUCGGGCCAAGCGAAUGUUUGAUUACAUCGAUGAGGAAUAUCCACUUAAACAAAUUCUGCGAAUGUACAUAUCGAACGGAAGCGCGAAAGCACUUCGUACGCAUGCUAUAGCAAAUCACGCGCAACUUGGAAAAAACGAUAACUCCAGUGACGAUGGUGGUGAACAAGAGGACUGAAAAGAAAACCCAGCACUGCUAUUGGUGCACAAUUAUACCACUUGUAAUAAGUAGCGGGUUCUGUAGGUGUUGAUAUUUUUAACAAGUAAUUACUCCCGCCGAUGCAUUUACUCAGAAGAAAGUGUGUCUGAACCAGUGCCAAAGUUUGGUUGCUUGUCGGAAGUGUAUUUAUGCCUAGGUAUUUAUUGUUUCAUUUAUUGAUUUAAUCGUGAUUGUGAAAUACUAUCUAUUAUUUGAAAAUAAAUGGAAAUAUUCGUAGAAACAAUCA